GUGCGCGCUGGGGAAAGGGGGGGGGGAUGCACAUCUUAAUCUUUUCCGGAUGUCUCUGGCAGGAAAACAAGCCAUGAAAAGCUCUAGAGCAAUAGAGAAUGGAGAAAAACUGGAGUAGCCGGUAGGAAACAGGGCAUCGUUGACUGAAAACAUUGCAGGAGUGGAGAUGUAACAGAUGUUGGAUUGGCCAUGGGGAGAGGAAAAGACAGAAGCCAGUGAUGGAGCAAGGAGGGCAGGCCGGCCGAGGGAUGCAGGAGCGUUGAAAAGGACCGGGGAGAGGCUAAGCCAGUGAUCCUGGAAGCCAGAAACAAAGCUGGACAUGUGAGGAGGAGGGAAUCGGUGCCGCGGCUGAGGACGGAGAGGACGGCACCCACUGUAGCACAAGGGGUUAAAAGGGCACCAGGAGCCAGCAUGAGAAGGCCAGAGAGGUCCUCAGACACUCAUGGGGUGCUGUGAGCCUGCUUGAAGAUGCCCUGUAUCAUGUCCGACUGGGGGCUCCGCGGCCUCCUCUCGCCACUCCUCCCUGACACUUCGUCUUGGAGGCCCCGACCAGAACCCACCAUAGCCGUCCUGGGCUCCCUGGCCUUGCUGUUCAUCUGGUAUUGCUACCGUGUGGGGAGCGGGCAGGCGACCCCUGCAUCUCACCAGCAGGGCGUGCCCACAGAGGAACGAUGCCCUCGCCGUGCCCUCCAGAGCGAUGCCAUGAACCAGCGCCUGUAUCGCAGCCUGCGGGAUUACGCCAAGCGCUACUCGUGGUCUGGCAUGAACCGCCUGCACAAAGGCAUCCGGGACCAGGCCCACUACCAGCUGGGCGACCACCUCGCCAUCCAGAAGCCGAGCACUUUUUAUCUCCCAGAUUUGCCCUCCGCCCCCUACUUCCCCCGGGAGUCCCAGCGCCACGACGUCGAGGUCCUGGAACUCAGUUACGCCGCUAUCUUGCGCGAAUUUGAGAACAUCGCGUGGGAUUUCGCACCCGGGACGCCUACGCCGCGGGGAUGGAUGGCCAACGCAAACCCCGGCUGGCACAGCUAUUACCUCUACCGGCAGGGGGAGUGCGUGGCACAGAACUGUCGCAGCUGCCCAUGGACCUACAGGGCGCUGAGUGCCCUGCGCACCUUUGUAAACGCCAACCGCUUUGGGAACGCUUGCUUUAGCGUCUUGCAACCGGGAACUGUGCUGACAGGGACCUAUGGGCCAACCAACACCAGAGUACGGUGCCACCUAGGGCUGAAGGUGCCCCCCGGUUGUGAGCUGGUGGUAGGUGGUGAGCCACAAUGCUGGUCAGAAGGAUACUGCCUCCUAGUAGAUGACUCCUUCUUGCACACGACAGCACACAAUGGCUGUCCCGCCGACGGGCCACGGGUGAUUUUUAUCGCCGACCUCUGGCACCCCAACGUGGCAGGCCCGGAGCGGCAGGCUCUAGACUACAUUUUUGCUCCGGGGCGGUAAGCGCUGAGGAAAAUGUUUCCGAUGCCGCCCUUAUCCGCUGGUGUUUGCUGCUCCUCACCAUUAUCAAAAGCCUCCGCUGUUACUGCCUCGGUAUGAAUAUUCUUAUUGUCACCAUUGCAUAUACUGAACUAGAGGGGGGAACCCUACCACCUUUGGAGGUUCUGAAGUACCAUGAAGUGGACCCUCAAAGUGUGUCCUGAUGUCUUGAGACAAUGCUGUCCUAUAGCUCUUGUGGACAUGGUGUAUCUAGGUUGCUUCUCUCUUCUGAUGCGCCAGUCAAUAUGAAUUCUUAUAGCCACUUCUCUACUGAGUCUUAUCUUUCAGGGGCUGCCUCAGGUAUGGAUGCUGCCAGGGUCCACUAAAGCCCCAUCAACCUACAGUUUUAGUAUCACGCGCCUCUCUGUUUUUUCGGGGAAACUUUGAGAGAGAAGCAAGACCAGUUAAAGACUCCAUUUCAACCAGUCUGUGACCUUUCAUCAAUUUCUCUCCUGUGCCUGCAUUGCAAAGUUUGUGCGGUGGGAUUUAGUCCCCCACAUUUCUGCUUAACUCAUCUGUGCUGUAAAAAUAAAUUAGAUCUUCCCCA